AUGUUCAUCUCCCCCCUUCCAAUAGUGAACCAGACAGUGUCUCAUUUUGUGUUCUUGGGACUGACUGAUAAUCGGAGUCUAGAACUGGUUUUAUUUGCAAUCUUCUUCAUCAUCUACUUGCUUACCCUAGUAGGAAACCUUUUGAUUGUACUGACGGUGGCUUGGGACCAGUGCCUCCACACGCCCAUGUACUUCCUUUUGGGAAAUCUGUCCUUCCUUGACAUCUGCCAUUCCUCUGUCACGGCACCGAAGAUGCUCCUGGACUCUUUCUUCAGGCAGAAGAUCAUCUCCUUUGGGGGCUGUGUGGCACAAUUUUUCUUUCUCCACAUCUGUGCCUCUGCUGAGAUCUUCCUUCUGACCAUCAUGGCCUAUGACCGCUGUGUUGCCAUCUGCUAUCCAUUACAGUAUGCAACUCUUGUGAACCUGAAGAUCUGUGCAUGGUUGGUGGGUGCUCUGUGGAUCGGAGGCAUCAUCCAUUCUCUGGUCCAGACUUUCCUCACCAUUCAUCUUCCUUUCUGUGGCCCAAAUGUCAUAGACAGCUUUUUCUGUGACAUUCCCUCAAUCAUGAAGUUGGCUUGUGCCGAUACAUACUUCACUGAAGUGCUUUUGAUAUCCAACAGUGGGGUGAUCUCUUUGCUUUGCUUCUUGGCUUUGGUGUCUUCCUACGCCGUCAUCUUUCUCUCCCUGAGAAAGCAGACGGCUGAGGGCUAUCACAAAGCCUUCUCCACAUGUGCUGCCCACCUACUUGUGGUGGUCUUGUUUUUAGGACCUUGCAUUUUUAUCUACACCCACCCCACCUCCAGCUUUACCACCGAGAAGAUGGCCGCUGUCUUCUAUACCAUGGUGACCCCUUUCCUCAACCCGGUAAUCUACACCCUGAGAAACAAAGAGGUGAAGAACUCUAUGAGGAAACUCUGGUGCCGGAGGAAGGUCUUCUUCAUAAGGAAAGGGGUUGGUCAACUUGCUUUGGUGGAAAACCACUCAGUCAAAAAGGAGAAGACAAUUCAAUGCAAUGGAUGA